AGCAGCAGGGUGUGUUCUUGGUUCUCACGCCUAACUGCUGCUUCCCUCUUCUUCGCGUCGCCAAGCUGUAAACACGCCAUCGCUCCUCUCCGAAUCGCCCUAGAGGGCUGCCUUUUUCGUCGCUAAGAGCCGGGCGGGUUGGCCCUUCGCCAACCGGUGGGCAGUCGCCACGUGACCGUGCGAAACGCCGUCGCCCGGACGAAUGUGUCGCGCACAUGUCGUUUCCAGGUUGGCGGGGGCGUUCAACCAGCCUGGUUAUCGCAGAUGCGUCGCUCGGCGCCAGUGCCCGCUGCGGACGAUGACGCAGGCGGUGUGCGGCGGGGCGAUGGGGAGCGGCGGAGCACAUGGGUGGCGGCACGGUCAGAGUGUUACUCCGCCUCGCCAUCCCUCCUUCCCCGCCCCCAACCCCAGGCGCUGUGCGUCGCGUGGGCAGGGAGGGCGAGGAGGCGAGAGAGACGGAAGCAUUUAAAGACGGCGCUUUGCUCGUCUCGUGUCACCUCCUGCCCACGGCCGCACCCUCCACGCCGUCCUCACUUGCCGCACAGCCCUGCUGCUGCCACCGCCCAGAGUGCUCUCCGCCCAGAGUGCUCUCCGCCCAGCAGUGGCCCGGAGAGGCCGCGAGCGCGAGUGGUGUGGGCUUGACGGGAGCGGCAAGGGCGGGCGCGCAGAGAGCUGCACGCGAGAGAACGACCCGCGCCGCUGCUGCUGCUGCCGUGAGAGAGGGCGUCAGAAGAGAGCGAGGGAGCGGGCAGGUGGUGAGCGGGGAGGGCGCAACAGGAGUGGGCGGGAGGGGAUGAACGGCGGUGAGGCAGCAGCGUUGGCUCUCACCGUGCCGGCCGAGGCCCUUGAGGCUCCUGAGGCACUUGAGGCGCCCGCUGCCGCUCACAGUGAAGGCUGCAUGGGGAUGCAUAUGGGUCGGGCUAAUGCUGCUACUAACGCUGCUGCUAGCGCCGCUGCUAAUGGUGGUAAAAUCACCAGUGCGUGUGGUGAUGGCCGUAGACCCUCCGUUGUCGCUGCCACUGCUGCUCCUUCCAAUGCAUUCACCGUUGCUGGAGCCACGAGUGAUGCUGCUCCUGCUGUUGCUGCUGAUGCUGCUGCCGUCACAGGCGCUGCCAGUGCUGCCAGGGAGGUCCCUGCUGUGCCCGAGGACACGACAGCAGCGGGGCCGGAUGACUGGCUGCACGUGCUGCACGACGACGCCCACUGGGACCUGUUCCCCGCCUUCUCACUGCCGCCCCUCGCCCUCCCCCCCCUGCCUCUGCCUGCUGGCCCUUCCACGCACGCUCCUCCACCGCUCCCCACUGCUCACCAACCCCCCAUGGCAGGGCAGUCGCACUGUGCUCUCCGUGCGCUCCCCCUUGCAGCAGCGGAUCUCACGCAGAUCGGCUCUUCAGGCGACCUGCACGCCGCCGUUGCGGCGCUGGCAGGCGCCCACAGCCCCGACGGCACGUACAGCCCCGACGGUGCUGCGUGCGGGUCGGGCAUCUGGCAUGCCCUGGGGGGCCGCUUGGGGUCAGGCGUGGGCAGUGAUGGCAGUGGUGGCAGUGGUGGCGCGGGGGGCAUGGGGGGCAGCAGUGGGACCAGGACUGCGUUGGCAGAUGGCAGUGGCAGUGGCGGUGGGCAUGGGAGAGGGGAAGGCGGGGGUGAUGCAGACGGGAUGGUGGGUGGCAGGGAGGGGGCAGUGGCGUUGAUGGAGAGGGAAGGGGCAGAUGCAGCAGCAACAGUGGCAGGGGGGCCAGCAGAGGCAGCGACUGGGGGAGUUAAGAUGGGGGAAGGCGUGGAGGGUGGUGAGUGGUGGGAGGGGGAGUGGCAUCUGGGCGAGAGUGUGGUGGAGGGGCCGUUUGCUGCAGCCCUCGUGACUUGCAUCAACUGCUCCUCCCUGCUGCAGGUCUGCUCCUCCCUGCUGCAGGUCUGCUCCUCCCUGCUGCAGGUCUGCUCCUCCCUGCUGCAGGUCUGCUCCUCCCUGCUGCAGGUCCACGUGCCCGCGGCCCUGCCUACUGCUGCCAUCUGCACUCUGUUCUGUGGCCACUGCUCUGCCCUGCUCGCCCUGCCGCCAUCCGCCCGCGCUUCCACUGCCAAUGCUACCACCACCGCCACUGCCACUGCCUCCGUGUCGCUCGCACUUCCUCACCACACGGGACAGCAAUUGGAAGCUACCAAUGCUGGCUGUGGCACGAGGGGGGGCGACAGGGGCAUGCGCGGCGCUGACGUGGCUCCCGGGUUGCUCCCUCCUGCCGCUGGCGCCGCCCUGCGCGCCAUCUGUGGGUUGCGCAGAAUGUCUGAGGACCCUCGUGAGCGCAGAAUGUCUGAGGACCCUCAUGAGCGCAGAAUGUCUGAGGACCCUCGUGAGCGCAGAAUGUCUGAGGACCCUCGUGAGCGCAGAAUGUCUGAGGACCCUCGUGAGCGCAGAAUGUCUGAGGACCCUUGUGAGCGCAGAAUGUCUGAGGACCCUCGUGAGCGCAGAAUGUCUGAGGACCCUCGUGAGCGCAGUGCGUGCGACGGCAGCCCCACAAGCGACAGCACCGGCCUCGCACCCACACCAAGCCGCGUGCUGCCAGCGCUGCACAGAGGGCCCGCCGUGCCUGGGGGGGGCGCGAUGCGAGGCUCCUGGGCCGUCGCUGGAGAGAUGCGGCAGCAGCGCAUGGGCCAUGAGGCACAGUUUCCGUGCGUGCAGGUUACCCCCUGUUACCCCCUCCGUGCGUCUGCUCUGGGCGAGGGUGUCACGGCUGGGCCCACCACGCUCGGCGCCACUUCUGCUGAGGCUGCUGCUGCCACUGAUGGCGCUGGCAGCGGUGCUGCAAGUGGCGCAGAGAGCAGGAGAGCGCAGCGGGCGUUGAGAAAGCGGAAGCUUGCCUUGUCUCUCACAGGGUCCAGAGCAGCGGCAAGGGAGGGGUCCGAAGAGGCAGGAGAUGUGAGUGGGGAGGAGGAGAGCUGCAAAGGAGGGAAGCAGAGGGGUGGCAAGGCAAGCAGCAAAGCGGCAGGGAGAGGCGGCAUGGCCCCUGUGAAGAGGCAUCGCAAGGCGUCUACCUACAACCUCUUCAUCCGGGACGAGAUGCUGCGCCUGCGCGCGGCCAACCCCGCCAUGGACCACCGUGAGGCGUUCAAGGAGGCCGCGAAGCGGUGGGGCAGUGCAGCAGAGAACGUGCGUGGCUCGCACGCCCUGGCAGCAGCAGCCAAGGCCAGGGCGCUGCUGCUCUACCCACCCUUGCGCGCCCUGCACACUCUCUGCAGCCCGCCCCCUCCCGUUGCUUCUGCUCUGCCUGCAGCACGCGUGGGAGCGCAGGAGGCAGUGGGGAUGGUGGAGCAUCUGCGUGCUGAGGGGCGGUGGGUGGUGGAGGCGGAGGGGAGGGCUGCACAGGGAGUGGUUGAGGAGCUGCCGUCAGAACCUGAGAGGGUGGGGGCAGGCUGCUGGCACAGUGGGUGUGGCGUGGGAAGGGGGCCACGCGAUGAUGAGGGGGAGGGGGGCUGCCGUGCUGAUGGAGUGGGAUAUGCGCCGCUGGAGAUGGGCAGGCAGGAAGGCUCUCUCACCAACCAGCAGAACCAGAUGCAAGGUGGCAGGCCUGGAUGCCACAUGGAGCAGAGGCACGAGCAGGAGAGGGAUGUGCUGCUUCCCUUGGCAGGUGAGCCAGCAGCAGCACAUCCCUUGGAGCACUACCUGUGGGAGGCAGAGGGUUGUGAGCAGCAGCGGCAGCAUCAGCAGCAGCAGCAGCAGCCGCCGCCGCGGGCCCAGCUGCUGCACAGUGAUGCAUACAGACGGCUGGCAGCAGGGAUCAGCAACAAGCUCAAGUCGUCUUAGUUGCUGGAAGUGAUGAAGUUCAGACGAAUUCCUAUGAAGUAGGAUCAGAAUCAAGAAUGCCAAAUCCAUUAUUGAUCCCGUUGCCCGGUCUGUUACGCCAUCAUCUGAAACGAGGGCAGCCACCUCAACAUCGCACAGGCGCAUCUGAUUGGCUGCCCCUACCAACACAUUUUGGACAGCCGAAAACGAGAGCUAAGCCAACGCCUCAUGACAAAAGUGUGCCGAGUCCCGACGCGCGACGUGCAGCGAAAUGGAACUGUAUGCGACGGACACAAAAACGCGACUUCUGCUGACUUCGAAACUGCAUUCAAUGUUAAAAGACUAGUUAGGAAGAAAGGGCGGCCAUGAAAUGGCGUGAGGGUUUAGGAGCUAGGAGCUAGGAGAGAAAGUUUGACGAAAGAGAAGAGGGAGAACUAUGUUGGAAAUACCUCGAAAACUUAAGCGUUUCUGAAGUGUAACACUACACUCGAGGAAAGUUGUAUCGGGUACGCGAGUCAACAGAGGUUACAC